CGCUCCUCCACCUCGAGCGCUUGCAGCAGCCAUGUCCUCGACUGUCUUUGAACUUGUGUGCGGCGCGCAGAGCUACGACUGGGGUAAGCUGGGCAAGGACGGCUCCAAGGUCUCGCACUUUGCGCAGGGCCUCCCCAACUUCUCGUACGAUGGUGACAAGCCCUACGCCGAGCUCUGGAUGGGCACCCAUCCUUCGUGCCCCUCGACGCUCCUGUCGUCCGGCGACGACCUCAAGGAGCACCUCAAGGCGCACCCCGAGCUCCUCGGCGACAAGGUCGUCCGCAAGUUUGGCGACGACCUCCCGUUCCUCUUCAAGGUCCUCGCCAUCCGCAAGGCCCUGUCGAUCCAGGCGCACCCGGACAAGAAGCUCGCCCAGCGCCUUCACGACGAGAAGCCCGACGUCUACAAAGACCCGAACCACAAGCCCGAGAUGGCCGUCGCCCUGACCGACUUUUCCGGCUUCUGCGGCUUCCGCCCACCGACCCAGAUCGCCGCUUUCCUCGACCUCGUCCCCGAGUUUACGGCCGUCGUCGGCUCGUCGGUCGCCGACUCGUUCAAGACCAAGUUCUCGUCGGCGGCCGCUGCUUCGGAGGACGACAAGAAGGCCGGCCUCAAGGACCUCUUCUCGGCGCUCAUGCGCGCCGAGGACAAGCCCGUCAAGGAGCAGGUCGAGAAGCUCGUCGCUCGCGUCGCCAGCGACGGCGCCGGCCUCGACCGCGAGGAGCGCGAGCUCGUCCAGACGCUCAACGGCGACUUCCCGGGCGACGUCGGCGUCUUCUGCACGUUCGUGCUCAACAUCGUGCGCCUCAAGCCGGGCGAGGCCGUCUUCCUCAAGGCCAACGAGCCGCACGCCUACCUCGACGGCGACAUCAUGGAGUGCAUGGCGACGUCCGACAACGUCGUUCGCGCCGGCCUGACGCCCAAGCUCCGCGACGUGCCGACCCUCACCUCGAUGCUCACCUACACGUCGUCGCCGCCGUCGGAGCAGAUCAUGACGCCCGUCGGGUUCCGCUCGACCAGGCACACGACUUUGUACGACCCGCCCAUCGACGAGUUCUCGGUCCUCCUCACCGACCUCAAGGCGGGCGAGACCGAGACGUACGACUCGAUCGAGGGCCCGAGCAUCCUGAUCUUUACCCAGCUCGAGGGCGAGGGCCAAGGCGCCAGGCUCUCGUGGAGCAACGGCGACGAGAAGGUCUCGCGCGAGGGCCAGGUCUUUUUCGUCGGCGCCGGCGAGGAGGUGACGGUCGAGGCCAAGGGUGGCCGUGUUGUCGCCUACCGCGCGUUCGUCGAGGCGCAGUAGAUAACCCCGUCCCCCUCGAGCUCUUCCCCCCUCCCCUCGUCUUGACCUCCCUCGCUGCAUAGAUCUCUCCUCGCCCCACUGUCACCUGCAUCACGGACACUGUUCGCUAGUCUC